AUGGUCCUCCUCGCCGCCCUUGUCGUCUGCUUAACCAUUUGCCGCGCGGCCGCGGUCGACAUCAAGUCCAAUGACACCGAUAUCAUGAUCAUUAGUGACGUGGACGAUGUGCUCCGAGUGACAGAGCUCUGGAAUCCAAAGCGAGCUCUCCUCAACACAUUCCACUACCCGUUGGAGCCUGUAACAGACAUGCCAGCGCUGUACCGCGACUACCAGGACGUUCUGGCAGACAAGAUUCACUUCGCCUACGUCACUGAUGCUUUCAGCAGCUUGGCUGGUGAAGGCUACACCACUGGCCUCCAAUUACACUACCCGCCAGGAGAGAUCGCCUUCCGUGAAGUCACGCAAAGUUUGCGUCCUAAUCGUUUACUCAAUUCUCGACAGCGCAGCAUCCAGCGUCUGAUUGAUAUAUAUCCUCGGCGGAAAUUCAUCCUCGUAGGCGAUUUCGCUACCCCUGGUAUUGAAGGCGGCUACUCCAAGGUGGCGACCAAGAACGACCAGGUUCAAUGCCUCUUCAUGCGGGAUGCCAGAGCCAACAAUCCAGCCAAUCAUUUCGUGCCAGCAACCAAGCCUCUUAGCAGCUCUAAGCUCUCCCAGCGUUGGACAGUCUUCGAUAAUGCUUCGGAGUUUCAUGAAGCAAGCCUAGGCUACCUACGCCGUCUGCAUAUCUCCAACGACACAAGAUUUGGCUGUGAGCGGCUUGGCGUUCGACGCUUCCAAUGA